AGUCUAGGUAUAAAGCAAUAUAUGGCCAUUCAGUCAUGUCGAAAAGAACAGCAUCAAAGAAAUGCUUGCCUCGACAGUCCAACGUAUUGGUCAAGCCCAGUUCAAAUCCUGAUAGUCCAUUAUGGAUCAGCAAAUUUGCAGAUGGUUCGAUCCGGCUCAAUACUCUGGUAAAACCAGGAACAAAAGUAUCACAAGUCAUUGAUAUUCAAGGCGAUGCUGUUGGAAUUCAAAUUGCUGCUGUUGCAAGAGAGGGAGAAGCCAAUGCCGAGUUGAUCCAAACAGUUGCUGAUGUGCUUAAACUCCGUAAAUAUCAGGUGGCCAUUGUAGCUGGACAUAAGUCAAGAACCAAAGUGCUCAAGAUUGACACAUUGUUGAGUAUCGAGCAGAUUCAAGAAAUGAUCUUGUCGUCCAUGCCACAAUAGUGAUUGUUACAAAGUCGAUAUUUGGCUUUCU